AUGGAGCCCAGCGAGGUGACAUCGGAAAGCGAUUCUUUGUUGCCGAACGAGCCUUGUGUUGCCUCGAUGUCCACACCACCAAGGAGCGUCGGCAAGAACAAGAGCGGCCACAUCCUCAACAGCGAUUCACGGAACAUGAUCUUCCACUGCUACACGUACUGGCGCAACAGGGAGCCCGAACGCAGCGUGGAGGACACGAGCAAGUUUGUCGCCGAGAUGCUCGGUGUCAGCGAAAGCACAGUCUUCAAGGUGAGGAGAGAGGCCAAGGCUUCGUCUUCUUCGGGCGGCAAUAUCUCGACGCCCUCGCGAAAGCGCCCACGAAAUGCGGAGAAGAGAAGACGCAGCACGAAAUAUGACAGCUUCACGUUGUGCGCGCUGAGGUCAUGUGUGCACGAUUUCUUUCGCCGCAACGAGAUACCGACGGUCGAGAAGAUAACCAACGAGUUCUCGAACCAUAUGGAUCUCCCGUCACUGAAGCGCUGUACUGUGCGGCACCUGCUUGCCGAGAUCGGCUUCAAGUACGAGAAGAGGUGCCGCAACUCGCUGCUUAUCGACUGCGACGACAUCGUCGAGUGGCGGAAUCGCUACCUUCGUGACGUGGAGCGCUACCGGGCGGAAGGCCGAAAGAGCUUCUUCCUGGACGAGACAUGGGUGACGGCGGGACACACUCAGUUGAUCGUAUGGACAGACACCGUGGUGCAGAAGCGCGGACGCCUGUACGCUCGCGCAAAUGGCCUUUCAACGGGUCUGAAACAACCCUCUGGGAAAGGCCAGCGCCUGAUCGUCACGCACAUCGGCAGUGAAGAUGGGUUCGUAGACGGCUGCUUGGAUGUAUUCCGAGGGCGAAAAACAGGCGAUUACCACAAAGAAAUGGACGGCAAUCGCUUCGAGGGAUGGUUCGGCGACGUGCUGCAGAAGUUGCCAGCUGGUAGUGUCAUUGUUUUGGACAAUGCACCUUACCACUCCCGGCGAGAAGAGAAAUUGCCGACGACGUCCUGGAAGAAGGAAAACAUACAAGAGUGGCUGAAUAGCAAGGACAUCGCCUACAGCGCGACGUUAGUCAAGAGGCAGCUGCUUGAGUUGGUGGCAUCUGUGAAGCCACGCUUUCUCAGCUACAUCAUAGACAACGCAGCUGCAAGGGCCGGUUGCGUUGUGCUCAGGCUCCCGCCGUACCACUGCGAAUUCAAUCCCAUUGAGCUCGUGUGCGCAAAGGUGAAAAAUGGUAUCGCUGCGAACAACCGAGACUUUAAGCUGUGCACUGUUGAAGACAUCUUGAGGGAAAAAAUCAAGAACGUAACGGCGGAAGACUGGAGGAAGAACAUCCGGCAUGUGAUGGAACUGGAGGCUAAGUUCCGAGUUGACACGUCUGGAAGUGACCAUGUCCAGCCCAUCGUCAUCCAACUGGGGGAAGAUGACACUGAAGAAAACGACUCUGACUGCGAGCUGUCCGGCAUUGAGCCCCUCGAGGAAGCUUGA